AUGUCGCCUCAAACUAGCGUCAGACCCUUAAAGGCGGCUAACUCCCAAGACGAUCCGGCAAAUUUGGCCGCAGAAUACUGUACACCGAUAGCGAUUGUUGGAAUUGGCUUCCGGGGACCUGGGGAUGCCAAAAAUUUGGGCAAGCUGUGGGAAAUUAUUUUCAAUGGCAGAGAAUCAUGGACACCAAUUCCAGCUAGCAGGUGGAAUAGCGCUGCAUUCCAUCACCCGGAUCAUGCCCGCCAUGGAACAAUCAAUGUGGAAGGUGGCCACUUUCUCGAAGAAGAUGUAUCCGUGUUCGACGCGCCGUUUUUUAACAUGACAAGCGACGAGGCAGCGGCCAUGGAUCCCCAGCAGAGAUUGCUCUUGGAGGUCGCAUAUGAAGGUCUUGAGAAUGCUGGCAUUCCCCUGACCGAAAUCAUGGGCACAAAGACAUCCUGUUUUGUAGGAUCUUUUUCUGCAGACUAUACAGAUUUGCUACUUCGGGAUCCAGAAUGUGUACCCAUGUAUCAGUGUACAAACGCUGGACAGUCUCGUGCAAUGACGGCAAACAGGCUGUCUUAUUUCUUCGACUUGAAAGGGCCUAGUGUGACGGUAGACACAGCCUGCUCGGGAAGUCUUGUGGCACUUCAUUUGGCAUGUCAGAGCCUCCAGACAGGCGACGCGUCGAUAGCAAUCGCAGCGGGGGUCAACUUGAUCUUGAGUCAUGAGUUUAUGUCAACCAUGAGCAUGAUGAAAUUUCUCUCAUCAGACGGAAGAUGCCAUACCUUUGACGAAAAGGCGAAUGGGUACGCGCGAGGCGAGGCAGCCGGCUGUCUCAUACUUAAACCCCUGGCCAAGGCGUUACACGAUCACAACGAGAUCCGGGCCGUGAUACGAGGGACGGGUUCUAAUCAGGACGGGCGCACUGCAGGGAUUACACUACCAAAUGGGGCAGCCCAAGAAAGCUUGAUCCGAACUGUUUAUGCACGGGCUAAUUUAGAUCCCCUAGAAACCGAUUUUGUGGAGGCUCAUGGGACAGGCACACUGGCUGGAGACCCAGUUGAGACAGGGGCGAUCGCUCGUAUCUUUGGGACUGGUCGUCCACCUGAAGAUCCUGUGCGGAUUGGCUCCGUCAAAACUAAUUUCGGCCAUUUGGAAGGUGCAAGUGGAAUAGCAGGCGUCAUUAAGGCAGUGCUGAUGUUGGAAAACUGCAUGUUCUUGCCGAACAGAAAUUUUGAAAAGAUAAACCCACGUAUCCCACUUGAUGAUUGGAAACUCAAGGUUCAAUUGCGCCCUGAGUCAUGGGUGACGUCGGGACCUCGUCGCGUUUCUGUGAACAGUUUUGGAUACGGUGGAAGCAAUGCUCAUGUCAUUGUCGAAGAUGCCCAAGGCUGUAUCUCUAGCUGGGACCUUAAUAAAGAGAACAAAACUCUGACUGCGGUGACCGAGAAUCAUGACGAGAUAGUCCCUAGGCCCCCGCCUGAUUCAUCCCGCAUAUUCAUGGUCUCUGGCUUCGAUGAAAGAACAUGUACUCAACAGAUGCGGUCUCUGAGCAAUCACAUUCUCGAGAGGGAACAUAAAGUUGACCAGGAGAAGUUUCUAGAUGAUCUUGCAUUCACACUCAACGAGCGACGCUCCAUUUUCCCAUGGAAGGCAGCCGUUGUCGGAGAUACGAUGACAGGUUUGGCGGCCUCGCUCUCUCAGAAUUUCAAACCUAGGAGCGCUAUACGGAAGCCAACACUUGGGUUUGUCUUUACCGGGCAAGGCGCGCAGUGGGCUGGAAUGGGAAAGGAGCUACUUCAUACCUAUCCUGUUUUCAAACUGUCAAUUUUGGGCAUUGACAGAUAUUUGAAUCAAAUUGGAGCUCCAUUCACUGUGGAAGAAGAGAUCACAAAGUGCCCCCAGGACUCGGGUAUGAAUCACCCAAGGCUCAGCCAAACGGUGUGCACGGGAUUGCAAAUUGCGCUAGUUGACUUGCUACAGUCGUGGAACAUACAUCCUGACUCCGUAACGGGACAUUCCAGUGGAGAGAUUGCCGCUGCAUAUGCUACUGGUGCACUCAGCAUGAAGGAUGCAAUGUCUGUGGCAUACCACCGAGGGGUGGUGGCAAGCCAUAUUCUGGACGAGCAACCAAACGGAGGUGCCAUGAUGGCAGUUGGAAUGUCCGCCGAGGAGAUAAAACCCUAUUUGGACGCAUUCCAGCCCAGACAGCUUGUUGUGGCGUGUAUCAACAGUCCAUCAAGUGUGACAAUAUCGGGUGAUGCAUCUGCAAUUGAUGUACUCGCACAAAAAUUAAAAGAACACCAGAUGUUCAGUCGCCGCCUUGAAGUGUGUGUAGCUUAUCACUCCCCUUAUAUAGAACAGGUUGCCGAGAGAUAUCACGGCUUGAUAGACCAUAUUCGACCCCGACGACUGGAUCAAAUCGCAGGCGAAAAAAGAGAAAUCCGGAUGCCAUUCUUUUCCUCGGUCACUGGAACGGAAUUCCCAUUGGGAGAAUUGGAUGCUCAAUACUGGGUGUCAAAUUUAGUCGGGCAAGUGAAGUUUGCCAAGUCGCUCAGGACCUUGUGCUUUGAAACAAAAAGUCGGCGAGCUGGGCAUACAGGGACCCCCAGACUCAAAAGAACCAAGGCAGCCCAAAAGCCUUCUGUGGACUGUCUCAUUGAAAUUGGCCCUCAUGCGGCACUUUCCGGGCCAAUCAAGCAAAUCCUCCAGGCCGAUGGAAAACUCAAUGCUGCCGACAUACACUACAUUAGCCUCCUAACGCGGAAUACCAACGCAGUCACUGCAGCGCUUGGUGCAGCCGCUACGUUAGCAUCGCUCAACUAUCCCAUUGACUUCAGUGCAAUCAACCGCCCUAUCGGGGACAAGAGGAGGAGGGCACCACAGCUACUAGCUGAUCUUCCAACGUAUUGCUGGAAUCACACUAGGUCAUAUUGGGCAGAGCCGAGACUAAGCAAGAUGUAUCGGAACCGAAGCUCGCCACGGACGGAUCUACUUGGUGCACCGGACAAUAUGGCUUGUCCAUUCGAGCCUCGCUGGAGAAAUUAUCUUCGAACGUCAGAGCUGCCUUGGCUUCUCGACCACAGGAUUCAGGGAAACAUUGUGUUCCCGGCUGCAGGAUAUCUGGCUAUGGCAAUUGAAGCGUCAAUACAGCUCAACAAGAGUGAACAAGAGGUUGCUAGAUACGUCCUGCGAGAGGUGGCAAUACAGUCAGCACUGGUCCUCAACGAAACUUCCGUCGUCGAGGUUAUGGUGUCUCUUCAAAAGUCGACACAGAACCAAGAGAAUUUGUACAGUUUUCACAUAUACUCCAUCUCAGAUGAUAAUAGGUGGACUGAGCACUGCACUGGCUUAGUCGGGGCACAGGAAAGCAAUGCAACCCCAGGCGACGCAGCUGAGGAAACUGAUGGCUAUGCGACAGUCCCGCUGGGAACGGAAGUCCACGGAGUAUCCAUAAUUGACGUCCCUGAAUUUUAUGAGAAGCUUCAAAAUUCCGGUCUGGAAUAUGGAUCAUGUUUCGCGAACAUCACAAAGGCACAUGUCACUCAAGACGGGGCGUGUUUUGCAGAAGUCACUGUACCAGAUACACUGGCGGUAAUGCCUACAUCAUUCCAGUAUGAGCUUUUAGUUCAUCCAUGCACUCUAGAUAGUAUAUUUCAAACGACCUUUGCCGCCUUACCCCCAGGAAUGGGAAUCGAGGAAGGACCUGCUGUGCCUGUCUUCAUUGAAGAGAUGAUUGUAUCAGCCAGUCUCAGGUUUUCGGCAGGAGAUCUUAUGAGCAUCUGUACUCAUGUGCGCCCGAUGCCAAGGAAAGACGUGACGGCAUGCAUUGUCGCCGUGAAUUGCAACGAGAAACAAUUUGACACCGAACCAACUAUCUCACUUCGUGGGCUACGAUGUGCGCGGCUUGAACGUCAUGAGCCGACAGCGCAUACAAAAGACAACCGCAUAAUUUAUGGAAUUGACUGGAAACACGAUCCAAAUUUCCUUUCCUCAAGCAAUGCGUCAUUCCUAUUUCAUGAUAAGAUUAUUGAUCAUGAGCCCGCGCCUCGGACAGACCUCUACGAAGAGUGUGCAGCCGACUUCAUCAGAACUGCGCUGGGGGAAGUCAGUGCAACGGAGGGAACAGGAUUGAACACUUCUCACCGCAGGUUCCGGUGUUAUCUCCAAGAUGUACUCGAUAGACACGAUAGUCAAACCUUGGUAUCAUCAUCUCACUUGGAAAAUAUUCAUUCCACUCCGACGGGAAAGCUCCUGCCGAUCAUUGGCCAAAACCUUGUGGCUAUUAUUCGAGACCAAGUGGACUUUUCAAGUCUUCUGAACGAAGAUAGCUUAUUAGAUGAGUUUUGGGAUAUUUUCUCAGGCGACACUUCGUACCAAGCAGCUGCGAAAUAUGUCGAUUUGGUUGGUCACGGCAAGCCAGACAUAUCCGUCCUUGAACUUGGCGUUGGUACAGGCCAGAUAGCGGAGAUAUUUCUGAAACAUCUUGUGACCCACAAAGGAACACCUCAUUGUGGAAAAUAUACGUUCGCCCACGAAAGCACCUCCGUGCUUGAGCAUACGUUGAGGCGACUGAAGGUGUGGUCACAAUGGGUUGAAUGCAAGCCCCUGGAUCUUGACAAGGAUUUCCAUGAACAAGGGUUCGAGAACAAUUCUUUUGACAUCAUAAUCCUACCUCAUGGAUUGUGUACUGCACGCUGUGAACAAAUAGCACUUGGCAAGAUUCAUGAUCUUUUGAGGCCAUCCGGCUAUUUGAUCGCGAUCAAUCCCUUUAACCCCAAGAAGAAUGCCUUGAAAAAUCUCUUGUUCAGUGCACUGCACUGCUUGUCCGCAGAGGAAUUUUGUUUGGGUCAAGGUGCUUGGACGGAGAGUCAAUGGGAGGAGAUCCUGCAAAAUGCGCAAUUCACCGAGGUCGAUGCCUAUGCGGAACAAGACUCUGGGAAGAGCCAUCAGUUCAUUGUGGCGAAAAAGCGAAGAAUUCAAAAGUCGCCUAGAAAGGUUUCUAUUAUUUACGAUGAAAGAACUGAGGCUGUUAGAGAGCUAGUUACUGAGCUCGAGAAGACCCCAUGCGAGGUGACACUGACACACAUCCACAACGUGGAGUGUAAAGAUCAAAUUUGUUUGGUCAUGGAUACUUCAACGCCACCUCUGCUGGCUGCUCCCAAUGAGCUUACAUUUAGCAAGAUAAAAUCAAUCCUUAUGAAGAGUGGAGGAGUUCUCUGGAUAUCAAGAGGAGGGACGAUUGAGGCCGUCAACCCAAACGCGGCCUUGGCUGUUGGAUUCACAAGGACAGCACGUGCUGAAUCUGGUGUGAACCCGAUUGUCACCCUUGAUCUGGAUGCUCGAGUUCCUCUUUCAGGACCCCAAGCCGCCAAGAUGAUUGCGAAAGUCCUGGUUAACCGGUUUCUCUGUGAAAAUCCGGAUAAAGACACGGAAUACGCGGAGAGAAAUGAGCAAAUCCUUGUGCCACGAGUGCUAGACAGUUUGAAGGCGAACAAGGCCAUGGAGAGCAUUCAUGAUUCUGAGGCUGUCUCUGAGCAGUCUUUUCAUCAGCUGCAGCAACCUCUCCGUCUUUCUAGGAAAUUCGAUAACCCCGGCUUUGUUGGCGAUUCGCGAAUGACCGAACUCCCAGUCGGCUACGUCGGAAUAAAAGUACACUCUUUCGGCUUGCAUAAAUGGGAUAUUCAGCCGGAAUAUUUUGAUUGGCAAACUGAUGACACUCUCGGCACGGAGUGUAGUGGCAUAGUAUACAAGGUUGGCACUGGGGUCCAUGGCAUCACCGUAGGCGACCGGGUUGCGUGUCUUGGAUCUGGGACUGCAAGGAGCUUCUAUCACGAUCGGGCAUCAGCUUUCCAGAGAAUCAAUGAUGACAUGUCAUUACAGAUGGCUUCAUCUUUGCCUCUAGCAUAUACAAUUGCUUAUUAUGUUGUGAACCACCUCUCCCUGGUCGAUUCAAAUGAUGCAAUUCUCGUGCACGACGCGGGAGGGCAUUUUGGCCAAGCACUUCUCGAAGUGUACUUGCUGAGGGACGCCCGAAUAUUUGCGGCAGUGCAGACCCCCGAAGAAAAGGACUUGCUGGGCUCGAGGUUCGGAAUUCCCGCGGAGCAUGUCUUCAUACUCGGGAAGGACGAUGUGGCCAAGGAAGUGUUACGGUUGACCGACGGCAAGAAGGCAAAUGUAGUUGUCACAUUCGAGACUUCAGAGGACAAUACUCUUCAAAACUGCACUGCGCCAUUUGGUCGGUUUAUUCAACUUCGCACAAAUAACCCUAGGACUCGACCGUUGUCAUGUGCCCAGAACAUGACACUGACUACAGUCAAUGUAUUUGAACUCCAAAGAGAGAGAAGUGACCUUGCCAAUCAGAUAUGGCCAAAGGUCUUUCUUCUGUUUCUCCAAGGACGUCUCAAAGGGCCUAAAUUUCCCGAUGCAUACCAUGUUUCACUCCUUGAUAAAGCGCUAAUGGCAGUUCAAACCCGGCAGCAUGUUGUGGUCCAUGUGGAAGGGAGUGAUCUCGUCAAGGCCACACUCCCAAGAGCUACCCAGCCAUUGUUCCGCGCAAACGCCUCCUAUAUGCUGGUCGGUGGACUUGGUGGAAUUGGGAGGGAAGUAGCGUCGUGGAUGGCGCAAAAUGGAGCACAGAGCCUGAUUUUCGUCAAUCGAAGUGGUCUUUCAAAGUACGAGUCGCAAGCGACAGUGAGAAAUCUGGCGAAGAAAGGUAUUCAGGUGACCACCCGAGCUUGUGACAUAUCCGACGAGACCGAAGUCCAGCGAAUGCUCAAUGAUCUCUCUCAUUCUGCAGCAAUGGUCCUCAAGGACGUUCAUAUUGAAAACAUGAAAUUGGACGAGUAUCGGGAUGUCAUGAGCCCCAAAUACCAUGGCACCUGGAACUUGCACCGACAUCUCCCUACAAAUCUUGACUUCUUCCUGAUGUUAUCGUCUAUCAGCGGUGCUAUAGGGAAUGCCACACAGGCUGCCUACGCCGCCGCUUGCACUUUUAUGGAUGCGUUUGCCGCUUAUCGAAGGAGUUUAGGUCUUCCAGCAGUGUCUUUGGAUCUUGGAACAAUCACAGAUGUGGGCCAUUUGGCUGAAAACAAGGAACUAGCGGCAAAGAUGGAACGACAAGGAUUCCAGGGCACUGAUACACCGACACUUUUAUCUCUCAUACAAGUUGCCAUAUCUCAGUCGUCAAGCGGAGAAAUGCAACUUGUGACUGGUCUCGGCCAUUGGAAAGAAAAUGAAUCACUUGGAAACUUUGACGCGCCCUUGUUUGCCCAUUUUCGGUACAAGUUCCAAGGUCAUGGACAGUCCAUUGCUCUCAGUGACUCACUGGAAGGAUUGAAGCUGGAACUUGAUGCCGCAAAAACGGUUGAUCAAGCCACCAUGGUAGUUUGUGACGCGCUCAGCAGGAAGAUUGCCUCCCAUCUCUCCAUCCCAGUUGAAAAUAUCAAUCCUUCUAAUCUAGUCUCCGAGUAUGGAGUUGAUUCUCAUGUGGCUGUGGAGCUGCGCAACUGGGUGUCAAGGUAUAUGCACUGCACUAUCCCUAUUCUGGAAAUUCUAGGAAGAUCUAUGUUGGAAUUAUCGCAUAAAAUUGCUAGCCAAAGACUUGAAGGCAAGUCGGAGUGA